UUGUAUUUUUAAUAGAGACGGGACUUCACCAUGUUGGUCAGGGUGGUCUCGAACUCCUGACCUCGUGAUUCGCCCACCUUGGCCUCCCAAAAUGCUGGGAUUACAGGCGUGAGCCACUGAGCCUGGCCGAUUAUUUUUCACUUUAAACAUCUCAGGAAAGACCCAAAGAAUCCUCAGGGUUUACACUCACAGUCCCUUGAUUCCUGUAUAUUCCAAGAUUUGUGGGAAGAAAAGGUACCAAGCUUGGAGUCAGGAGGCCUGAUUUUUCUUCCUUUCACCAAGCUUCUCUAGUUCUGUUUCAUUAUCCCUAUGACAACGACUAGCAACAGUGACUGGCAUUUAGUAGGCCCUUCAUAAAUAUAUGUUGAAUAAACUCUAAAAGAGGUAGCUUUUCAAUCCAAGUUGAGUCCUUUCUUGGUCCUGUUGCAGGCAAGGGCAAUGGUAUCCUGCCCUGGGUGCACAAAGAUGCAGGGAGGAUCAAUCGCAGAGCCUUUCCCAGAGAAGGGGCCCAAAGCGAGUCAACCUCUCUACUGAGCUUCCCACGAGGAUGCUGGAUCCCCAAUCCCAACCAUGGACACGUCUGACGGUCGCCGCCGUUAACGGGAAUGAUAUGGCCCUUCCUCCCCCACUCCCCCUUCUCUUCUCCCCUUUCAACACUUGAAUUGGGCUCUCCCGCUCCUUCCGCACAGCGCAGGACCCACACCAGCCCAAAACCUUCGCGGCCUGCUAGUUCCCACCCCUCCCGUCCUGGAGGACCGUAGGUGGACGCUCUUGCAGAGCGCCUCUCGCUGGUUGGGGCGGGGGUGGGCGGAGCCAGCACCGUCUGGGCUGUGGAAGCGGAGGGUGGGGACACUCUGGCCCGGUUCUCGGUGGUGCGGGAGCUGGCGCUAGCAGCGGCCGCUCUGGUCGGCGGACGUGCUGCCGAGUAGUCCCGGAAGCGAAGCAGCGAUGGCGGAGAGUCCGACUGAGGAGGCGGCGACGGCGGGCGCCGGGGCGGCUGGCCCCGGGGCGAGCGGCGUUGCUGGUGUUGUUGGCGUUAGCGGCAGCGGCGGCGGGUUCGGGCCGCCUUUCCUGCCGGAUGUGUGGGCGGCGGCAGCGGCAGCGGGCGGGGCCGGGAGCCCGGGGAGCGGCCUGGCUCCGCUGCCCGGGCUCCCGCCCUCGGCCGCUGCCCACGGGGCCGCGCUCCUUAGCCACUGGGACCCCACGCUCAGCUCCGACUGGGACGGCGAGCGCACCGCGCCGCAGUGUCUACUCCGGAUCAAGCGGGAUAUCAUGUCCAUUUAUAAGGAGCCUCCUCCAGGAAUGUUCGUUGUACCUGAUACCGUUGACAUGACUAAGAUUCAUGCAUUGAUCACAGGCCCAUUUGACACUCCUUAUGAAGGGGGUUUCUUCCUGUUCGUGUUUCGGUGUCCGCCCGACUAUCCCAUCCACCCACCUCGGGUCAAACUGAUGACAACGGGCAAUAACACAGUGAGGUUUAACCCCAACUUCUACCGCAAUGGGAAAGUCUGCUUGAGUAUUCUAGGUACAUGGACUGGACCUGCCUGGAGCCCAGCCCAGAGCAUCUCCUCCGUGCUCAUCUCUAUCCAGUCCCUGAUGACUGAGAACCCCUAUCACAAUGAGCCUGGCUUUGAACAGGAGAGACAUCCAGGAGACAGCAAAAACUAUAAUGAAUGUAUCCGGCACGAGACCAUCAGAGUUGCAGUCUGUGACAUGAUGGAAGGAAAGUGUCCCUGUCCUGAACCCCUACGAGGGGUGAUGGAAAAGUCCUUUCUGGAGUAUUAUGACUUCUAUGAGGUGGCCUGCAAAGAUCGCCUGCACCUUCAAGGCCAAACUAUGCAGGACCCUUUUGGAGAGAAGCGGGGCCACUUUGACUACCAGUCCCUCUUGAUGCGCCUGGGACUGAUUCGUCAGAAAGUGCUGGAGAGGCUCCAUAAUGAGAAUGCAGAAAUGGACUCUGAUAGCAGCUCAUCUGGGACAGAGACAGACCUUCACGGGAGCCUGAGGGUUUAGACCCUGCUCCCAUCUCCCCUUUCCCCCCAACUCAAAGAGUCCCAGCAGAAUUCCUUCCCCCCACCCCAGGGAUGGAGAGGCACUGUGUAUCUCCCUCCAGACUCGAAGUCAUCCUGCAAGAUGGCAAGAACCAAGCAAGCUCGGAUCCCAGGGUGUGGGAGUGGGGGGCCUGUUCCUGGUCUGACCUCCUUGGCACUGGAGCAUCUGGGGCGACGUUCAUCUGUUCAUCCCAUAUCAGGGGCCAAGGUACCUUUACAGGAGCACCUAGAGCGAGGGCCUCUGGCAAAAACAAAACAACCAACACACCUCUCCACAGGGCCAGCUCCUUAGGGAUAAGUAGAAGACGAAAAUUGCAGUUCCAAGAGGGAUUGUGCCCAAAUGAUUUAUGGGGAUACCUGGAAGGGAGCUUGGGGUGGGGGCUGUCUGUGACACUUAAGCAGUCUGGGUGGUUGUCUAUUUGUCUGUCUUCAGUCUUGAAGCAGGGCUUCCCAAUGCCCUUUUCCUCCCUGCCUGCCUUCCCCCAUUAUUUCCCACAGGCCAGCAUAAUUUUGUUUUUCCUAAUUUAUAGUCACUGUUCUAGACAGACCAAAGAGAAGGAACAGUGGUGGAGUCUAGGCUGCUGAUCAGUAAGCUUUACCUAGCACCUGAGCACCUUUCUCCCCUCCCCCCUUUCCUCACCCUUUUCUAGAUGUAAGACAGAAGGUAAAUGUGACUGGGACUUAACCAAGGUCUUGGUAAAGCCUGCAUAGGCACCGUAAGAAGCUGAAAAUAUGUUUGUUCCCACAAUCACUGAUUUGAAAAGUUCCUGGCACAGGCAGCUGCUGUGUAUAUGGGAUUAGAGCCACUACAUAGAAUAGUCUUACAGAUUUUCAUAAAUACUAGUCACAAUGAGGGUAUUUCUUUUGAGGGUGGAGUAAGUGGGAGACUGAUGCUAGUCAUUGUAUUUUGUUGGGCUGUCCUUGUGUAUUUUCACCCCAGCCUGUAGUCCUCCUCACUUCAACCCCAGGGAUUUGUGGGGAGCAAGGGUAGCCAAUGGCAGAGGGGAUUGGGGCUGGGGCUCUGGAGGCUCCUCCCCUUCUUUCUCCUUCCGCCUCCCCUGUGCCCCCAGCUGCUCUUGUCACUGACUCUGAUGGGUGUUUGCCUGGCUGUGUUGCUUCUCUGUAUUUAGCUGCAGUGAUCCUUUAGCUGGUUGGCUCAGAAAAAAAAUGUGCUUUAGGUGCCCUGUAAUCCUGGGCAUCAAGGGAAUCCAUCCUUCCCCUUUUUGAUAUGUUCUCCCCAUACUUCCAGAUUUAUUGUUAUGGCUCCCAGUGGGUAUUGGCAAUUCUUGUGAUGCAGGGCCUCAGUCAGUGUCCAGCCAUGCAUAAGGGAGAGGAUAGUGUGUACCUGCCCUGCCCGCUGCUAUGAAAGUCUCUGGCUUGUGGAUCAUGGGACUCCCCUUGGAGGAUCUGUGCAAAGCGGGGCUGGGCAAAAAGGAGAAUGUCCUACUUGGGAGGGCAGGAAGCAAAGGAACUGGACAGGGAUUGGUGGGCUUGGGGAACGGAAGUUUAUCUUGGAUACUCAUGAAGAGGCUGGGUCUCUUCACGUGAAGAUUGAAAAGGGACCCUGCUUCCAAUUUCCCUCUUCCAUUCCUCAAGCUACUCCAGGGCUUAGAAAAAUGCCCUUGGUCUGUGGGUCCAGUGUUGUCUGUCAUCCAUUUAAGUGUUCCCACUUUCAAGUGACAAUCCUCUCCUUGGCCCUGCCAUAGGGCAGAGCAUGUCUGGCAUAGCAGCCUGACUUUUAUGCCCUAAUCUUGAGUUGAGGAAAUAUAUGCACAGGAGUCAAAGAGAUGUCUUUAUAUCUGACUGUAUAUAAAUGAAGUUUUCUUUUUUUUUUUUUUUUUUUUUUUUUUUUUUUUGGUGCAAUAAAGUUUGUUUUGGCAGAA